GUACGGGCUGGCAGCGGCGGCGGCGGCGGCAUUCACCAGACCCCGCCUCCAAGGCCCCGUCCAGGUGCAGCCGCCGCCGCUGGGAACGCUACCGGUACGGCAGCAGUGCUGGCGGCGGGCGGCGCCGGUGCAGCUCAUGAAGGUGUGCUCCGUCUGCUCCUCUGCGCUGUGUCGUACGGUCAGCUCUUCCUAGCGGAUGCAGUGUCGCUGCUUUGCCACGACAACAGCGCUGGCGGUGGCGGCGGUGUUGGCGGCGGCGGCGUCAUGGCACGUGGCGGCGGCGGCGGCGCCAACCCGGGUGGCCUUUCAUGGGAUGUGCUGGAGUGUCGACGCGCGCUGCUGGGCCCGCCCAUCGGUCUCCCCGGUUGCUACUGCCGAGCCGAGGCUGCAGUACGAUUCCGCAUCCAGGCCAGCCUUCCCUUGGACCUGGUGUGGGGCUGCGUCGGGGACACGCUGGCUCGAGCGACGUUGCAGAUGCCAGCGGGCGAUGCCGCUGCCGCCGCUGCGACGUUAAGCGCCCUUGGAACCGCUCCCGCCGCCGCCAACACCGCCGCCGUCGGCGACGUCAGCGCUGCUACGGCGGCUGCGUUGGCACGCGAUGUCGCCUCCGCCCUCACCUCCCAUGCACCAUUCCGCCAUUGCCUUCUAAGCGAGCCCAGAGCCCUCCUGGAGCGACUGAGCUCGCCAGCUGCCGUACAAAAUACCGUGGCGCUGCUGACGUCAGCUUGCGGCGGCGGCGGCGCCGCCUCCGCCGCCGCCGAUGGAUCUCAGACGCUGCGUUUGCCUCAACGACUGGUGGUGCUAUCGCUCAUGGCGGGUCAGCUUAUUCCAUUGACGGCGGUUGCGUCGUACGAAGCAGCUGCCGUACUGGAUUGCGAUUCGCUACUGACGUCAGCGUUGGUUAGCUUGGAACCCCCGUGCUUCAGUUCCCUCUGGCUGCUGCUCAGGUUACUCGUGGACGAGCAUGCGCUGGUGUCAUCGUCAGCGGCUGCGGAAGCUGCCAGUCGCAGCGGCGGCGGUGGCGGCGGCAACUCGCGGCGAUGGUUGCGAGAUGCAGUGGAGACCGCCAUUACGCCGCUAGACGGUGGCAGUAUUACGGAGCUCAGGGCAGCAGACAAGAGCUUCUGCGAUGCUGCGUUGGGUGCGCUGCUUGCGGCCCCGGGGCGGGCGGAGCUGCUGGCGGAGGUGGCGUGGCAGCUGGGUCGAGGCGUGGGGGACUUCCUGGUCAAGUCGGCGGACUGGCUGCUGCAGGACCGCAAAGGCGAGCAGCUGCAGGGCCACACCUGCCUCUCUCAACUGGUCGCACGUCUGGGCCGGAAUAACGCCGGCAGCAGCAACACCAGCAGCAGCAGCGGUAACAACACCAGCAACAACAUCAACAAUAGGCCCGGUGCAACAGCC